AUGGCUUCAUCUUCCUCCCCUGCUCCAUCUUCUCAAUAUCCAAAGCCACAUGAUAUUUUUGUAAGUUUUAGAGGUGAGGACACCCGCGGAUGUUUCACUAGCCAUCUUUGCGAUGCUCUUCGCAGAAGUAAAAUAGAAACAUUCGUCGACGACGGAAUUGAGAAAGGAGAUGAGGUAUGGCCAUCUCUUGAGAAAGCCAUUGAAGAUUCAACUCUGUGCCUUGUGAUCUUCUCAGAAAACUAUGCAUCUUCCACAUGGUGCUUGAAGGAGCUUACUAAAAUAUUAGAGUGCUCCAAAAAUCAAGGUCACCUUGUUGUGCCGGUGUUCUAUAAAGUAGAUCCUUCACAUGUGAGGAAGCAAUCUGAGAGUUAUCAGAAAGCAUUUGAAGAACUUGAGGGCAAAGGCAUCACCAAGCGACUACUGCAUCAGUGGAGGAAGGCUCUCGCUGAAGCUGCUGGUAUAUCUGGUUUCCCCAUCGCCAAUAGAGUUAACGAAGCAGACAAAAUUAAAGAAAUAGUGGAAAGCGUUAAAGAAAGGUUGCACAAGCGGUAUCCAAGUGAAUAUAAUAGAGAAGACUUGAUUGGAAUUGAAGAGAGAAUGAAAGAUGUAGAAUCAUUGUUGGACAAGGGGUCGAAGGAUAUCCGAAUUAUUUGCAUUUGGGGGAUGGGCGGUUUGGGCAAAACAACUCUUGCAGAAGCAUUGUAUAAGAAGUGGCAUUUUGAAUACGAAGGGUCAGUCUUUGUGGAAAAAGUGGGAGAAAAAUCAAAGAAAGAUGGAAUAGAUGCUUUAAGGAAGGAGCUUGUUUGCAGUUUAUUAGGGGAUAAAGCAAUAUAUUCUCAUACCAUGACUAGGCUUCGUCGGAAAAAGGUUUUCAUUGUGCUUGAUGAUGUUGAUGAUGUUGAACAAUUAGAAAAUUUAGUUGGAAGAUUUGAAUUUGGAUCAGGUAGCAAAGUCUUAAUAACAACCAGAGAUAAGCAAGUGCUUCGUAAGAAAGUGGAUGACAUAUAUGUGCUUCAUGGUUUGGAUCCUCAUGAAGCUUUUCAACUUUUCUCCUUGAAUGCCUUCAAAAAAGGCUACAGUGAUCCAAAGAUGAGAGGGCUAGCAGAACAAGUGACUGAAUAUGCAGGUGGAAAUCCAUUGGCCCUAAAGGUUUUAGGCCUCUUCUUAUGCGGCAAAAAGCAAGAAGCGUGGAAAAGCCAAUUGGAAAAGCUUCAAAAAUUACCUUGCCCAAAAGUCAAUGAUAUCCUUAGAUUGAGCUUCGAAGGACUUGAUGAUGAGGAAGAGAAAAAUAUUUUCUUGCAUAUCGCAUGUUUUUUCAAUUAUUAUUAUGAUGUUGAGAAUGUAAAAAAAUGGUUAGAUGCAUGCGGUUAUUCAACCGAGAUUGGAUUGAGGAGACUUGAAGAUAAAGCUCUUUUAGAUAUUGAUAGAGGAAAAAUAUGUAUGCACGGUCUGAUAAAACAAAUGGGUAAACAAAUUGUUCGUGAAGAAUCAUUAAAAUAUUCUACAUGGUGCAACAUAUUUUGGAUUUUCAAGAAAAGUUCUGAAAUAUUGAAGAAAAAUAUGGGAAGUAUUGAAGGCAUGAUUAUGGACCUUUCGGAAGUUGAAGAGACGGGCGUGAUUAUUAGAGCAUUUCGUUCAAUGCCCAAUCUAAAGUUUCUUAGGGUUUAUGGAAAUUUAAAUGUUCAGCUUAGGAACAAGUUAAAUGCUUUUGGCAUAAUGUUUUUUUCAAAAAACCUCAUGCUAUUGGAUUGGGUGGGAUGCCCUUUAAAGACCUUGUCGACAACAUUCAAGGGUGAAAAUCUUGUUGAAAUAAACUUGCCUUACAGUAAAUUGACAAAACUUUGGGAUGGAGAGCAGAAUCUUGUGAAUUUAAGCAAAAUCAAUCUUUGUGGAUCAGAAGACUUGAUUGAGCUCCCAAAUUUUUCCAAGGCCAUACAUCUUGCAGAAGUUAAUCUGGCAUGUUGCACAAAAUUGCAAAAUGUUUAUCCAUCAAUUUUAUCUCUCCAUAGCCUUUGUAAUUUAUUGCUAAGAGAUUGCAAAACUCUUACCAGCCUUGUCAGCAACACCCAUCUCAAAUCACUGAGUGAACUCAGCUUGACAGGAUGCUCAGGACUAAGUGAAUUUUCGGUGACCUCAGAAAAACUUUUGUUUAUCUUGGUGCUUAGUGACGCAACCAUCAAUGGUGAGUUGUGCUCAUCAAGCGGACAUCUCAGCAAAAUUGUUGUUUUGAAUCUAGGAAGAUGCGAAGGUGUGACAAGUCUUCACAAAUUGGUUGACAUGCGCACCCUUCGAUACCUUGAUGCUGAUUAUUGUAAUAAGUUAGCAUCAAAUCUGUGUUCCAAAUUUGAUGAGACGCGUGCUUGGAGUUUUCUACGGCUGACUAAUUGUAGUGAAUUAUAUGAAGUGCCUGACAACAUCAGCUUGUUGUCGUCAUUAACCCAUUUAGAUCUCUCGGGGAGUAAUAUAGAGACCUUGCCUUUAAGCAUCAAACAUCUUUCAAGCCUACACAGUCUCACCUUAAAUGGAUGCAAAAGGCUUCUGUCUCUACCACAACUCCCUCCCUCUAUCUCACAACUGUACGUCAAUGACUGCCUGUCCCUUGAGACUUUACAUUUACCUUUAAUGAGUGAAGAUAGAGAAGGACAUCAAUUUUCUCGCGAAAAUUUCAGUCUCAUAAAUUGCAUGAAGUUGGAUGGGCAGUCAAUCAAGGCUAUUGAGGCCAGAGUGCUACUUGCCAUAAAUAACAACAAAGCCAUUUAUUUGUGGGCUAAAAUGGAAUAUCCGGGAAGAAGAGUUGCAGAGUGGGUCAUGUAUAGGACUACACAGCCUUUCCUGACUGUGGAUCUCAGUUCGAUUCCACAACCUUGGGAUGGCGCUUUCAUUUUUUGCGCCGUCAUUUCUGGAUCAUCACGGUGCACAAAUAUUACAGCCAAAUUGUUUAUUGAUGGUCAACAUGCUUCCACGUUUGCGCACUGCUCUCUCGGUGAGUCCCUGUUAUCAGAUCAUGUUGUUCUUUGGUACGAUCAAAUGCCAUGUCGAGAAGUACAAAGCAAAAUUGAAGAAAAGAAAAUAGAAGCCCAGAGCAACACUUAUCAUCCAUUGCUUCAAUUUGAAUUCGCAGCCUUUUCGCUUGAUGAAACAACAGUAGUGAUCAAAGAGUGGGGGGUGUGCCCGACAUCUGCAGUUGAAUAUCAAAAUUACAUCAAACAAAUUCAAUUGGCAUUAUUGCAUUGCAAAUCGGCCUCUCGAAAGCGCAAAUAUCACAGCUUACUUCGAUGA